AUGUUUCAAGAGACUGAAGCUGCCUGUCGUGUUUGUCAUGCACCGGCUCAAGGUAUGCACUUUGGAGUUGAAGUAUGUCGAGCAUGUGCAGCGUUUUUUCGACGAAGUAUAAGUCUAAAAAGACAGUACGUCUGUCGAUCUGGUAGCCAUAAAUGUAAACUUUCCAAUGUGGCAAGAAACGUUUGUCGCAAGUGUCGCCUGCAAAAAUGUUUUGAAGUUGGAAUGCUCGAAGAAAGUAUGUCAAUUGAAGUAAAUAAUUUUAAAUUUUUAUUUUUUCAAAAAAAAAGUUUUUUUUUUUAUGAAUUUCGAUACGCACUGCUCUUUGACGAAAUUUUCAUGCUUAACCUUCCUUACGUAACUCAAUUCUCAGCAGCAAACAGAAUUUUUGUCUCUUUUUUUUUCACUCUUCUCUCCUGCGCAUUAGUUUUUGAAGACGUACAAAUUUUGCUUAUACAAAUAUAA